AUGCCUCGUCAUCAGACUCAACAAUUCAAAAAUAAACUUGCAAAUACUACUAAUACUUUUCCAUAUCCAAAAUCCAAACCCAAUAAAAAAUCAAACUCAUUAAUGAACAAACAAAAAAAGCCAACAGUAAAAAGCAAAAAUUUAUAUAAAUAUAAGAAUGAGACAUUACUUAAAGAACUUGACGGAUUAGUUGAAGAUAUUUUAUUACCUUUUCAAGAUAGUGAAGCCUCAAAAAAAAACAUAUAUAAUAAAAAUUUAAACAUUGCAUAUUCUGAAAAUGAUAACUCUGAAUUCGAUUUAUUGACACAUAGAUUCGAGAAUGAGAUUGAGAAUUCGGAAAAUCAAGAACAAGGAUUGAAUAAGCAGCAAUUCUUUAAUAACCCAGAAGAAGUACUGGAUAGAGAUUAUGAUAGUACUAUAAAUCAAUUAUUGAAAUUUAGUGUAAAGGAAUGA